CCGGAAGACAUGACUGAGUUUCAUGACGAAGGCCGGUGGGAGCGGUUGUGCGUCACUGUAAGCUGUUACUGUAAUAGGCUGUAAUAACUUAGAGCCGCCUGCCCUCCUAAGCCAAUCAGCAUUGCCUUCGCGAAUUCACUCUUCUUACCUUCCACCGCCAUCCGCCUCUUUCUCCUUUUCCUCCUCCUCCUGGUCUUUCGCAGCUAUUAUAGUCCUAUUGUUUCUCAACUGAACGUGGCCACGCCGAUACCAGCUUUAUUUUCGGCCAGAUCAAUAUAUAGUGGCUGUUCUUCUACUCGGGACACGCACCAUCCGCCCUCUUCCCUGACCUUUCACAACCAUGAUGGGGCUAUUCAGUUCAGCUGCUUCCAACCUCAAGGUGGCGACGGGCCAUCGACCACGAGGAAUCUCCGUGGAGGACAAAAUACCUGAAGACACCGAACCGGAUGACACAUCGAUUCUAGAUGAGGAUGAAGGAUCCAUCAUUACCUCCCUUAUAUCGCAGCUCAGAGUGGGCAUGGACCUUUCGAAAGUUACAUUCCCAACAUUUGUCCUAGAACCGCGCAGCAUGCUAGAGCGCAUAACAGAUUUCAUGUCACACCCUGAUCUUAUAUUUGGCGCAGAAAAUUGUGAUGACCCGGAGGAGAGGUUCAUUCGUGUCCUGCAAUAUUAUCUCGCAGGCUGGCACAUUAAGCCGAAAGGCGUAAAGAAACCAUACAAUCCCAUCCUUGGCGAGUUCUUCAGAUGCAGAUAUGACUACCCUGACGGAACAAAAGGAUUCUAUAUCGCAGAACAAGUAUCCCAUCACCCGCCUGUAUCUGCGUUCUACUACAUCUCACCGGAGAACAAAGUUGCCAUCCUCGGUGAACUCCGUCCAAAGUCGAAGUUUCUGGGAAACAGCGUGUCAACGACAAUGGAGGGAGAGAACAGGGUAUUCCUACUCGGACGACCGGAAGAUGGAGAGUACGUGAUCUCGAUGCCGAACAUGUACGCUCGGGGGAUCCUAUGGGGAAAGAUGGUUCUCGAGCUCGGUGACUCUUGUACCGCACGAAACGACAAGAACGGUUACUACGCCGAGCUGCAAUUCAAGACCAAGGGUUACUUCUCCGGCACGUAUAAUGCCAUUGCCGGCCGCGUACGACGCUGGGACAGAGAUACGGGUGAGGUGUCGGGAAAGUGGAGCGGCGUGAUGGAGUACAAGAGCACGAAGGUAGCCAUUCUUAGCAAGUUCUCGCCACUUGCACUGACUGCUGGCCCCGCUCAGACCGGCGAGAAACGUGUUCUGUUUGAUGUCUCCAAGGAGGGGCAGAAUAUAGCGCCAAAGUGGGUUGCCCCAGAGGAGGAGCAGGAACCCAACGAAUCACGGCGACUAUGGUCGAAGCUCACUAUUGCGAUAAUCGCGAAAGACAUGGAGGCGGCGACUGAGGCUAAAACGGCGGUGGAAGAAUCCCAGCGCGAACUUCGAAGACGUCGGGAGGAGAGCGGAGAGAAGCAUGUGGCUCGUUUCUUUACCCUGAGGCAUGGACGCUGGGUGCCCAAGUUCACUCCUCCGGAAGACCCCCUGGAAGCCGACACAGCCGCGCAACAAUGGAUAUGGCCUUCUCGUACAUCGACAUCGACAUCAACAUCAUAGACACACCAGUUCAUUCUGGUCUGCAUUCGACUGUGUCCUAUACUCCUAAUUUAAAGCUUCAACGCUCUACCUACCUGCACUCUCUGCUGCUCCCCCAGUCCGUGUGUACCAUCGAUUCCCGAUUAAUGCAAAUCUUAUUCCCAGUGUGUACAAGUAGACAAUAUGCGCAGAUCCGUUGGAUAUGAUGUAGAAUUGGGAAUGGAUGGAAAAGGAAGGGAGAACCAAGAAAAUCCCAGGCCGGAUGAAAGCAAGUAGAGCAAUGAAACAAGGGGGUUGUCUCGGGCAAGGGUAUAUAAUGGAUGAAGCAAAGAAUGUGGUUAAAUAUUGGGGAUGCAUAUGGGAAGAUGAUGUGACAUGAUGAUAAUAUGACAGGAACUUAAAACAGACAACGGACGAUCACCCAUGCAGUUUAAGUCCACCAUCCAUCCUCACCCAAUGUGGGUGUCGCAGAUACCGUACUGGGUGUUGGCGAUGGUGCAUGAGGUCGGUAGAAUGGCUUCCUCGGUUUAGGUGUCACUGGUAGUCUCACAGGGUUAUCUCGCCUGGCCGCUGGGGCGUGGAUCGAAUCCCAUACAGAGGGUUGUGAAGGGGUUUCCCCACGAACACUUGGUGUAUAUGUGCCGUUGGGCUGACCGGUAGGUGUAACAGCUCUGCUAUCGAUGUAGACAGUACUUGCUCUAGAGUCAGGGCGGACAGGUGGAACGCUGUGGACGUAGCCGUUUUGACGGGGACGAGAAGGAACAUUGCUGGACUUCGGUUGCAGAGGAGCGGUUGCACCUUUCCUUGCCUGAUCAGCGUCAGUUUGUGCCCGCGCAACUUGCCCUUCCAGUGCAGCAAUCUGGUCCCUCAACUUGCUUUCGCGAUCCUGCGAACACGUUAUUGAUGUUAGAGCAGCUCAAAUACAUACGAUUGCUUUAGACGGUCACAUACCUUGGCCAGUCGUUCUUCUGCAUCCCGCUCUUCGAGUUGUAGUUUCACCAAGGAAUAGUCUGUAUCCAACUGAGAUCGUGCCUCUUCUGUUUGGUCGAGUCUUUCCUUCGCAGAUUGCAACUCCUGCUCGUAUUCGUUCGCACGUCUCUCCCAUUCGGC